GAUGAGGCCGCGAUAAACAAAAACGACGCAUGGAGAUAGACCUAACUGAUGAGAGUGAAGAUGUUCAUGGACCUGAGACAUCUUACUUGAUUGAAGCUGUUGGAUCAGUGUUACGGUUGUACAUGGCUGAAGUUUUGAUGAAGCGACCUGUGGAUCCAGUCGACUACUUAGCUCGUUGUUUAAAGAAGCAUGCUCAGGUCAGUGAUGCUGAGAUGAAGGAAUCUGUGGAGGCAGUUGUGAUCGAAGAUGGUGUUUCAGUGAACAAGUUGGAGGACACUUUGACAGAGGUGGAGACUAGAAAUGAAGGAGAUGAGAAAAGAGAGGAAGGGGGAGACGUAGAUGGUGGAGGGUAUCGUGGUGAUGAUGAUGAGGAGGAGGAAGACAAUGUCAGAGAGAGGAGUGAAGUGGAUGAAGCGUUAUAUAAUGGUGGUGGAGAGAAGGAUGACGAGGGAGGUGAUGGUGGAAAUGAGCUACACAGUGAUUUCGAAGAUUCCAUCCAAGAGACACACGAAGAUGAUCAGAGUAUAUCGAAGUUUGGUGAAGAGACUGAGGAUGAGGUGACUUUCGAGUCAUCAUCUAAACAGGAGUUGAACGACACCCCAUUGGACGGAAUCGAUGACCUUGGUGAUGGAGAAGCAGAUAGAGAUUCUGAAGUUCAGUGAAUGUAGACAAUUACACGGGAUUUGAUUUCGUUCCAUAUCUGAGAGGGAAGGAAGACCAUAUCAGAAAGGAAGCAAAGAUCAAUGUGUAAAUAAUCAAUAAUAAUGUGGAACAACAAAUUCAAUAAAUCUUUAACUUGUUAACAUUGAAGAGAUACUUAAAUUGAAUCCCUUUUGCUAACUUACUUGAUCGUUUCAACUUUACACAGCUAAUGUCUAUGUUAACCAUUUUGAUAGAAACUCUUAUAGUUGACAUGUGUUCUAUAUCUAUUCAAAACUGGAAACCUACACUUGAU